GUCGCGGAGAGCCUUCCCUCUUCCUGCUGCAGUUCGUAAGGCGUAAGACGGCCGAGGCAGUAAGCGAGGCAGCGGCGGCCGGCAAGGGAGCAGCGAAGGAACCAGUUCCCGCCUCGCGCCUAAUCCCCGGGCCUCCCUAAGGAGCGGCUGCGGUGGCCGAGCCCGCCCCUCUCCCAGCCUCCUUCGCGGCUCCCCUCCCUCCCUCCUUUUCCUUAUUCCCAUCCUGAAGCGAGGCGGAGUUGGAGCUUCGGUCGCCGCUGUCCCUACUACCGCCGCCACCUUCUCUCCAGCGCCGAGCGGAGCGACGCUUCCACCAGCUCGGAGACUUCCCCAGAGGACAGCGAGGGUGUGUGCCGGGGUGCGUUGCUGCCGCUGCCUCGCCGCCGUUCCUGCCAGCGCCGAAGCCGCGGGAGGAGCGACUCGAAGAGCCACAAAGGAGCGCCGACGGCGAAGCCUGUGUUGCCAGCGGAGUCGCCAUGAGUUGGGGCACGGAGCUCUGGGAUCAAUUUGAUAAUUUGGACAAGCACACGCAGUGGGGCAUUGAUUUCCUGGAAAGAUAUGCAAAAUUUGUUAAAGAAAGGAUAGAGAUUGAACAGAAUUAUGCAAAGCAACUGAGAAAUCUGGUGAAGAAAUACUGUCCUAAACGUUCAUCCAAAGACGAAGAGCCCAGGUUUACCUCAUGUAUAGCCUUUUAUAAUAUUCUUAAUGAAUUAAAUGACUACGCAGGACAACGUGAAGUAGUAGCAGAAGAACUGGGACAUAGGGUAUAUGGAGAACUGAUGAGAUAUUCCCACGAACUCAAAACAGAAAGGAAACUGCACCUUCAAGAGGGCCGAAAAGCACAACAGUAUCUUGACAUGUGUUGGAAGCAGAUGGAUAAUAGCAAAAAGAAAUUUGAAAGAGAGUGCAAAGAAGCAGAAAAGGCACAGCAAUGUUAUGAGAGACUGGACAAUGAUACCAACGCCACUAAAGCAGAUGUUGAAAAAGCAAAGCAGCAACUAAACCUGCGUACACAUAUGGCUGAUGAAAAUAAAAAUGAAUAUGCUGCACAGCUCCAAAAUUUCAAUGGUGAACAGCACAAGCAUUUCUAUAUUGUCAUUCCUCAAAUAUAUAAGCACCUUCAAGAAAUGGAUGAACGACGAACCAUCAAACUUAGUGAAUGUUAUAAAGGAUUUGCAGAUUCUGAGCGGAAAGUUAUUCCAAUAAUCUCAAAAUGUUUAGAAGGAAUGAUUGCUGCAGCCAAAUCAGUUGAUGAUCGCAGGGAUUCUCAAAUAGUAAUAGACUCCUUUAAGUCUGGCUUUGAACCUCCUGGAGAUUUUCCAUUUGAAGAUUACAGUCAACACAUUUAUAGGACUGUUUCUGAUGGAACAAUUAGUACCCCGAAACAGGAAGGAAUGAAAAUCGAUGCAAAAACCACUGUGGGCAAAACUAAGGGCAAACUCUGGCUCUUUGGAAAGAAACCAAAGCCACAGUCCCCACCCCUUACCCCUACUAGUUUAUACACGUCCAAUACUUCUAAUGGUUCCCAGUAUCCCAUAUUCUCCAUUGAACAAAUGCAUUAUUGCAUGAAUGAAAUAAAGGCAGGGAAGCCCAGAAUGCCUUCUUUCAAAAGCCUCAAAAGAGGGGUAAGUUUUAUGAGUUGUAUUAGGUGCAUGAUGGCGUUGUGGUGUGCUUCUAUGUGGCUUCCACCAUCGUAACUUUUCUAUUGGCAGUGGUGUAGUCGACAAUCAUGUUGCUUAAUUCUAUGUUGUGAAAAAGCUCUGCUUAGCACCACAAUGAAUGUUAAAUUAAGAAAUAGCUGACUCUGAUGGUAUUACAAAGAAGAUGCUGGGUGCAUGUUCUCAUUGUUUCCUGAGUGUAUUUUAAUAUUGUCAUUAAUAUUAAUAUAACAUUGGGCACUAGAAAUUGUUGGUAAGGAAAGAGAAGUGAGAUAAUUGUUUAAAAAGGGGGUCGAUUUCUAUCUUGUUUGCUGACUUCUUUAACAAAAGAGGUUUAGAUUUUCCGAGAGAUUUUAAAAAGUCAUGCUGACAGCCACCCGUACUUACUUCAGAUGUUUAUAAUAAAUAAUUAUGAGGAAAAGUAGGUAAAAUUAUUUUAAAAUUCUUUUGUUCCAACCUUCUUCCAAGAAGCUCUGCAUGGCAAGUCUGAUGAUGCAUUUCCCCUUGACCCAUCCUCUAGGACAGGGCUUUUCAACCAGUGGUACAGGUACCACCUGUGGUACAUUAGCACCUGACAGGUGGUACGUGACCAUGCUAGAAAAGUGGUAGCGGGGGAGGGGAAUCAGCUGAACCGGUGCCAGCACCAUACAAGCCUGAGUGAGAGAUGGCUGGAGCUGCAGGGCUGUCAG